CCAUUUACCUUCCACUUGGUGUCGUCUAAAACUCGCACCACGUGAUGCGAUCGGGCCAAUCGUGGCGCCGCGUUGAGGGGGCUUCACGUUACCGCGGGUCUCAGCUUUCGCUCUUUAUUUUCGCUUUGAAACCCGUACGCUUAUUUUACAAAUUUAACGUUUGCUUGACGUCCUUUAUUUUAUUUUUUUCCGCGUCGCGUUUGUGUUCCAAGCGAUCGAUUAAUAUUCUAAGUUUGAACGAAGGUGAAAACAAGCCAGGCGGGAACGCGCGUCGCUACUGUCGGCCAGACUAGCGCGGGCCCGAGGUUUGAGUUCCAAUUUUUUUGUUUUAAUUAAUGAAAAUAAAUUAAUACACUCGACUAUGUUAUUGCAUUCGUAACACUUGUUUUUUAACGUAUCUACAUCAAUAGUCGAUAAUUGUGCCUCUUUGAUUUAAAUCGUCAACAUCGUCACGAUUACUAAACCUCUCGCUGAGGGAUCGAUUAUUUGUUAUCCACGGUCCGUGCGUUUAUAGACUACGGGCGCGUACGUUGAAAUAGUCGAUAGCCGUCUGGGUGUUAAUAGUGGAGGUUUUUUUUUAUUUAUUCUGAGGGACAUCGUGGCCACCUCACUGAUUGACUGACGGUGACGUCGACUGGAUCCCAUCUCCCACCCGUGCGUGGCAUUUCACUCCCGGUUGCCAACAACGGACAGCAACAAGCAGCACUCAUUCAAAGUUGUGGUUUUACCGUCGUUGCUGUUGAUUCUACGAUGAUAACGUGACGGUGACGGGGGGGGGAGGGGGGUGGAGGGCAUUCGUACUGAGCAGGGCAGUGUGGGGUAGUGGGAAUUGAACCUCCUGUCUCCGACCUAAGCGGCCAGUUCACAAGCGCCGUGACAGUCCGGCUGUGUCGUGAACAGCACGCACAGCCACCGAUCAGCAGCCAGCCAGCCAUCUGUCCUCUCAGCACCUUGCUCGUUCUUGUGUAUGCAUACAUUUUUUUUUAAAUAUAAAGCGACUCGGAUGUACCGGUCCUACUACAGAAUUACCAAAGUCUUUUAUGAUAUAUCUCUUGCGCGUACAUAACACGUGUUUUAAAAGUCUUCACACGGCCAUGAACCGCCGCUGGCUGAUCUCCAGAAGUGCAGACUCCUGUCUUGACUAUGAAAUGAGAUCCCUGAUCAUAAAGCCAUGGAUCCCCCGAUAGCGCCUGUUUUAGCCACAGAGAGCAGUGGUGCAUGGCCAGCAGUGAUGGGAGCUCAUAGCCACCGUGAUUAGUGACAGGGGGCACGCGUUUUUUUGUUUUGUUUUUGUGAGUUAAUCUGCCCAGGGCAGUUUCCUGGAUCUAGCCAUAACUAAGGGAGGAGUAGUUGAGGUGGUUUUAUCCCCCCCCCCUCGCCUUUUUUCGACAGCGUCAUUAAGGCGUCACAAUUCAUUUUAGUUGCUUUAGAACACUUACUCUGACCUGCACAUUUUUUAAAAAGAAAAUACUAACGCUGAAUCCGUCAGAAGCUUUUGACUGCAGUCUAAAUGUUUUCAUGCAGCAAAGCAGCCAUUGAUGUUUAAUUCGGAUGAGAAGGUUUUAAAUCAGGAAUCUCAGAACCGAGCGGCGGGGAAAUUUAAUUUGCUACAAACACAACUCGACCGAGUUGGUCCCUCUGAGACGUAAUUUAGGAGGUAAGGUUGAAAAUAAACGGAAGCCAUAAAAUCGAUACAUUUUCAAAACCAAUCUGAAAUAAAACGAAACCACCGUCUCAUCAAUCAGAUCUCAGCCAGGCUGAGCCCCGGUCGCCUUCCGAUACGAUCCACCACUGCAACCACCACCGCAACACCACCGUCGUUGCCAUUGCGUCUGCCCCAUCAUCGCCUUGGCCGCCGCGACGAUGUCGUGUGGCGGCUGCUUCCUGGUGCUGUGGUCGCUGUGCGGCGCCGCGGCACUCUGCUUGCUCGUCGCCGCCGCCCUCAUGCCGUCGUGGCGCGACCUGAUACUCGUGGACCCGACGAAGCGCUCCAUCGUGGUGCGCCACGGCCUCUGGGUUCGCUGCGCCGGGUACGAGGGCGACGUCCCCGGCGGGGUGGUGUCGUGGGCGGCCGCGUGGUUUGGCCCCGACAGCGGAAAGGAGGGCGUGGAUGGCGGAGGGAGCCCGGGCUGCGUGGUCCGCGACUCCGCGUGGCCGAUAGCAACCGACUCGCUCGACCUGCGCCUGCUGCAGCUCGGCGUGCCGACCGCCUGCCUAGUGGCGCUCGUCGCGCUCGCGCUCAACGUGAGCGGCGCCGUGGUGCUCUGCCGGAGCGGGAGGCGUAGCGGCCGACUCUAUGGUGAGGACGAAGACUCCACAUCUUUGUCGUCGACGUCCUCUUCCUCCUCGUCAGAAUUCAGCUCCAAGCGGAAGAGGAAGAAGAAGAAGGCGCAACAGUGCUGCCAGUUCAACCCGUGCGGCUGCCAGGUGGUGGCGUCGGUGCUGUACCUGCUGGCGAGCGCUCUGGUGCUGCCGCCCGCGCUGUGGGCGCUGCUGUCGGUCGACGAGCUGAACCGGGCGCACGUCUCGGGGGACGCGCGCUGGCGCCCCGGCGAGGCCGUGCCCGUGUGCCUGGCGGCCUGCGCGGGGCUGCUGGCGGCCGCGGGGGGCCUCGCCAUGUGGUACUGCACCUGCCGCCCGCUGCCGCCGGCGCCACUACCGCCGGCGCCGCUCGCGCUGGGCUCGCUGCUGGGUAUGGAGGCGCUGGGGCUGAGUGGCCGCGCCGGCCCGGCCGAGGCUUGCGGGCGCAGCACGCGGCAGAGCCAUCGUACGACCGGCAGCUUCCCCGCCGGGCCGACGUCGGUGUCUUCGCGACCCAUGUCCCGCGCCACCCUGGAGCUCGAUAUCCCCAUGUACGAGUUGCACUAGCCUGACUAGACAGAGAGAGAGCAGAGGGGUCCCGGACGAACAGCUGAGCAUGGCUUCGCACCAUAGUUUGGAGACGUCCGUGCAUUACUACCCCAGCGGGUCGUCACUGGAGCCGACGGACGGCUCCGCAGGCGAAAGUGUUCCCACGUGCGAGUUACGUCAGCACAGGGCUCCCCAACUGCCUUUACGUAAAGAGACAGAUUAGUGAGACAACUAGAUCGGAUAGAAAAGAGAGAUGAGAGAGCUGCAGACUGAGAGGUGCACGUUUGUUUUUGCCACGUGUACGGGCGUUAUAAUUUCACAAUGCCAUGCAACAAUAACAAAACACUAACAAUCGGUAAUUUCAUUACGUGUUAAAUAUAGAUGAAUAUCUGCUGUAGAGAGUGCGGAAUGGGCGAGGGGUUAAGAUGUGGUUUAGAAAUACAUGGUGGGGGGGGGGUGGGGGUGGAAAAUGAGAGCGCGUGCUGUUACACUGGAGCACUGGAGAAUGGGGGGGUGUGGGGUGGAGGUGGGCAUCCGUACGUAGGACUCGGGUUUCACUCGAGGGGAUGAGCAGCGGGUCAGUAAAACCGUACCGACUUCAAGGUGUCUCCCAGCUCAGACGAGCUUCGGGCGAUGCUCGGUUUUGGAAAUUCCAUAUUCCUGUGGCGGGGUCCAAUCUCUCCAUAGGAUAGACUCGUGCAAAGGGGUACUCAUUUCACACUCCUGGAGGAACGAUGCGCCCAGUUUACCCCUGUCCAGGAAUUGAAUUUGUGACUUUCCCAACUGGAGAGUCGAGCCCUUCCACCUCAGCACUGCGCACCCAGACGCUUUAGCUGAGGGGUCGUAAAAGCACGGCUUGCCGGCCUCGUGUGCCGCCCAUCAUUGUGCGUGUGACCGUGUAGCCAUGCCAGUUGGGUUCCUCGGCAGUACCCGACCACCCACAACCCAUGCUUUUUGGCUCGUCAAUAGGCAAGUCACGAUGCCUAUAUUUAUCAAUCUGAAAUAGAUUCGUACGGUUAACCGACACGCGUCGAAUCAUGCAUUCAAGAAACGUUUGCGAUUUUUCAUGUAAACCCUGCAGCUUGUAAAGGUUUGACGUGUAACAAGGAGUGAUACAGAAUGGUGACCAAUUAGGACUCUUGAUUGAGCUAAAAUAUUUGUCCGCCUAUUUUAAUCAUGGAUAAAUGGUCAUAACAUACCACAGUGUUGGACUUACUCAAGAUGAAUUGACUUGAAUCCAUGGUGGAACGGCGAUCAUGCCGCAUUCCGUUGUGUGUGUAUUAAACCAUAAAUAAGCCAUACUUUAUAAGAUACAGAUAAUUACCUUCAAAUUUGCUCCCCUUUAUCAUUUGGAUCAUUUUGAAAUGUUGACUGUGAGGAUGCCUAAUUUGCAGAAGUGCCCUUCUUUCUCUCAACCUAAACAUUUUCCUAAGUAGUUGGGCAUUCCUCCUGCCAAAACGUCACGUUUGUCUUCCCUAAACUAGAGGAACUUAACUUUUGACUUAACAAAAAGACCCAAUUCGGGGCGCAGAAUUGUGUACAAAACUUUUUAAUAUAACCCCUACCGACUGUCUACCACGUGAUUUUACCCAAAAGUCCGCCACCGUUUACAUUCCUAUGCACGGGUUGCACUAGAAUCGUUUGGAGGGGAACAAAAAAGAGAGGAGGUUUAUUUUGUUAAGACAAAUAAAUAUAGCACUAACGCACGGUGUGCCACCACGAACGCGUACCGCCUACGCCCGUGCUGGUGGCCGAGAAAAGCGUUUGCAGAAAAGCGUCCGCGGCAUUUCAGGGUGUUGUUUGCUGAAAGAAAAAAAAUGACUUUUUCCUGUUGCAGGUUUAACUUUGGCUUUUGUGUUUACGCUAGCAGUCAUGUUUAUUGAGACGCAUCCGAUGUACUCUUUUUUGCACGGUUCAUACUAAACAUUCCAACAUACAAGUUAAUACUUUUCUGUAUCGGUUGUUUAGCAAUUUGGCUCAGAAUUAUUUGUAAAGUUACUUUUUAUGCCCCUAUCGUGACACCUCUUGGGCUUUGCAGAGGGGAACUUUGCUUCUUGUUUCUAAGACGGAACAAUCAACCACAGCAUUAGGAUCUCAUCACUGUAAUGUGUUGAGAAACGCCGCUGCUAUAAUCACUGACGUGGCGCUUCCCACUCGGGUGGCAAUGGCCUGCGUAGAGAGCAGGCCCCUUGCCUGGUCAAUGUACCUCACCUGUGGGAGAAAUAUAAACAUUCGCCCACCUUCCGCUGGACAAAUAGCAACCGCACGCUAUCGCUGCCGGGCCUACCCUUGCAGAAGAAGCCAUGCCCACCUGCCAUUGCUAUUUGAACUCACCGGUUCGAUUUUAAGGCUGUGUCGUCUUGCGACACUCUCGUUUCAGACUAGUUGAAUGUCGCCAAUAUAUUGGGGCGACUCCUAAAUAAAAGUCUUGCUUAAAAUCCCGAGGCAGUUGGUUGCCUGGCAUCGGUGUGGACGGCACUAUAUAUUUUUUUUACAAUUGAAAGUAUACGUUGUCCACUUCGUGAGGUACCCGUUUGUGGGAAUGAGGAUGGAUAGCGGCUCUUCUGUUAAAGUCACGGCUGAUUGAUUCACGAGCAGUCACUGAGUGUAAUUGCUAAGUGGGUUAGAUAAGAUGACUUAAAGCCAGCUGAGAGCUCCUUGAGAAUGAAAGUCUCUCAAGGGUGACCAAGGCCCCGUUGGACAUUGGGUUAUUAUCACAUCCUCGUCAAGUGGCCUGUGGUUCUUCACUGCAAGGUUAGGCUGGGGUGGCACGUGUGGUACACGAGAUCCAGCGAUCGCACCGACACUUCAGAUUUUGUCAUUUUACUUUGUGUUGACAUUUGAGCUGUAGAGUAUUUUCCUCGAAUAGACUACAUACGUUUUAAAUUAUUUAUUGAUAAACACUUGCUUAACGGCAUUUUUAGACCCUUGUUGUAUACCACUUUUUUUGGCACUACGUUUUAAUCGCAGCAUUAUUGAUGUAUUUUUUAACUCGAGUAAGCCGUAGUAGUAGUACUCUCUUUUUUUACUGUAAAUGCCAUUGUGAGUUUACUUUUUCCCAAUGCUCCGCAAGGGUUAAAACCCGAUGUUGGCGAGGUGGGGGGGGCGGUGUCAAACGAGCACGUGGACGGCGAGUUUUCUUCUCUUCACUCGCGCACUUGGCAUUUCAGCCUGCGCGUUUAUCCAAACGUCGUCGAGACGUUGACCGUACAAGAGCGUGACGUCCCCCCCGCUGUGUACGUUUAACUCCACAAAGGUCCGCUAACCCCUAGCCCUCACCCGCCGCCUUCGUGGCGACCGCGGUGCCACAUUGUCCACAGUGUGAUGGCCUGCGACGAGCUAUUUUCUUUGUAAAUAAAUAGUAUUUUUUCUCUACGAAUUUUGUGCUUAGAAAGUUUGGAAUUUCAGGGAGGCACCAUGUCACGUGAAACAGACGAAGACUGCUAUGAAUUCGGAAUAUCAUCCGCACGGGGUAUAACGAUGCAUAAUUUUAGCGAUUAAUAUCGAUUAAGCUCGCAACAAGCACCAAAACAAUGCGUGUGCGUGAAUCGACAUUUUAUGAUUCCUGUGUGUUGCGUGGAAUUGCUUUCACGCGACCCCUGGAGCCACUAGUGGUCGCUACUUCACAAUACAGCAGAACAAAAACUAACGAUAUAUUGAAUCGAAUUGCAAUCGUGAAUUUUGACAAUUCUCAUUGAACCCCUGGGCCAAGUGGGGUGGGUGAAUUGUUGUACCCCAAAUGAAUGGUUUGGAAUUCAGACCAAAGUAGACUAUCUGACUAGAGAAGGUGAUACUGAGUGACCACUGCUAUGGGAUUUGUACCCCAGCUCAUAUUAGUAGCGUGGGAAGCAGAUUUGUUCUAAGACCAAUAUGUCCUGGACACAACAAUUCGUCUGAAAUACGGUCUCAAGACUGGAAUGUUUUUAAAAAAUAAUAUUUUAUAACACUGUGUCAUGCUGUUGUUAGUCGUGUGGAUUGCGUAACCAUACUUCACCACACUUGCCAAUGUGGGUUUGUGAAAGGGGGCGGAGGGGAGCCCAGGACCGGUUUGAACGGCACUCGCCACCGACGUUGGCUAUGGUCGGAUAUCGAACUGCGGUCAUUAGAGUCAUCGUGCAGUGCGCCAAUCACUGCGCCACACCUUCUACACUGCAGGCUAGUAAGGCGUUCAAACUUUGGCAGUUUGAUUCGUGUUUGAUUCUAGGAUUACCUUUAAGAGUUCAAAUCCUUAUUGUACACGUUACAUCGCCGCUUAGAUCUCGCGUGGAACGCGGGCACAAACACGUCCAGGGCUUGACUUUUUUAAUCGAACUUUGCUUUAAUUCUGCGUGCGCACAUGUAGCAAAAACAAUGAACCCCAUUUGCUUCCCGUGACUUUUAACGUUUGGGACGUUUACUAAGCUUUCGUUUCGUGAAAUGUCCCGCGGCGGGCGACGUGCGGUCGCCGAUUAAUUAACUAAUCAUGAUCCUUUCCAACUCUUCUCAGCCUGCUCACUGACAAUCAUAACUCCACGCUCCUCUACCCCUGCGGGCUUAAGGAGAAUCGAUGCUGGAAAUACUUUAACAGUGGUGUCAUGAGGAGACAAGACAAAGCAAAAACACCAGCACGGGUUGAUGCAGUCGAAAUAUCUAAUUAUGCUAGCACCAUAACACCGAUGACAUUGUUCUGUAACUGAGAACAACUUUUACUUGUCUCUUAGCAUCGCUGGUGCCACCAAAAAAUUCGGAGCCCCACUGAUGAUGUGUUCAUUGAUACCAUUAAUGCACUGCACAGCUGCGUGGCACGUGGGGUCUGAUAAUGGCAAAUUACAAAGUCACAUCCGACUCGCUGGGGACUGAACUGAGGUUUAGGCACACGUGUGAAAAGGGAGGGGUGUGUGGACGUGUACCGAAAGUGACAGUGAUACCGUGCGCAAAUACUCAACGUGGAGUGGCAGGGUAAUUGGUCGGCGGAUGUCUGACAUUCUGUUAUUAAAUUACGCCCCGGGUGAUGUCAAGAAAAGUUUUAAAGUGGCUGCCUUGACAAUCAUUGUAACGGAUUACUCUCUUUAAAUACGCUUUUCUUAGUAACAAUAAAAGUGGGAUGGUCCAAAACACAGAACCUAAAUGGGCUGCUGUGUCGGCGUUCAGUUGUCAUUUCAAAUCACUGGAUUAUAAGUGAAAAUCAGAUACAGAUAAUGUUAAGUUUUGGCAUCGGCCCAUCUUCAGAGCAAAAGUGGAAGGGAGAAUGUGAUUUUUAUUGCCAGCAUACUUCGAUGUUUUAUUUGUAUUUAAAUUCCUCAGCCCAUAUUCUUCCUCGAAACAACAGGGAGAUAUCAUCUCGGGUGUGUUCUUCGCCUGGUUUUAAACGUUGAACUUUAGUCAUUGAAGCAAUUUUGGAACCAACCUUUUGCAAUGUUGUCUCGUGACGCUGCUGGUGAUUAGUCGACUGCUGCCAAAGAACAGCCAGAAGUUUUUCAACAAUUGCAAUUAUCUCCGGAGCAACCUUUUAAGUCUGCCACUAUUUCUGUAUUUACGUCACAUACCGAAGGUGUCUUUUUUUUUGCUUUGCUUUGCAGACAUGCCAAGUAGGCAGUUUUACGUUCAUUGCGUUUUUAUCCUUUCGUGUCAUUUUUUUAUACGUUAAGAUUAAACUUCGGCUAAAUUCAAACGAUCUGUUAUUUCAAACGGGAGCGUAACUUUCCACCGUCUUGAGAUUUUUAUUUCGCAAAAUCGUUUGCAGCUAUAACUCUCAAUCUCAUGCCUUAUUUGCUCAGAAGAAGGGCUAUUGCCGACGUCAGUAUGUCACUUAUUUGUCAUAGGGCACUGUCUGCUAAUGAUGACAGUGGUUAAAGUAUUUUCGGGAAGUUUUAUCUUUGUGCGUCAUGUGUAAACAGAGAGCAAGAUGCUGCCUUAAAGUACACCGCUACCACCACCUCUGGGUAGUCUUGCGAAGUGUAUAAUCGAUGACGUGGUGCGUAACCAAUGACGUGGUGCGUAAUCAAUGACAGGGUGUGUAGCCUCACGUAAACCAGCCUCUCAAACGAGCUAGCGUCGACGUAUCCUGUGACUUAGCAGGUUUUUGAUAGCGUGCGCUUUGUAGAUAGUUUUACGGCAAAACACUUGUGUGGAUGUCACAGAAUAAUUGGGUACAGUCUGCUCUAUAACGUGGUAGUUGCGUUCCUGAAAACCACCCCGUGGUGAAAAAAAUCGCGAUACAAUAAAUAUCAAGCACAGUCCAUGAUAGCACGUGAGAUGCGUAUGCAGGCUGAACAAAGACUGGGGCACGUGGGUAGCAUCUCGAAGCACCCAGCAGCAUCCCGCCUUGUGUGAUGCUAGGCCGAGGCAGCCGCACAACCGCGUAUUCCUACUCGCGCGGUGUAGUUCCGUUAACUCAAAUCGCAUUAUAUCCAAUUGACAUGAAAAUACGCAUUAUAGGAGAACAGACUGUAUCGGUUUUACUCCUGGUGAAGCUACCCAACUUGCUGGUUUGGCCCAGGACGGUACUGAUUUCUAAAAAGGAUGUCCCACAGUGUCUUGAAACAUUUGCAAAGAUUACGAUUUUUUUGUUCCCCCCCCCCCCCCACCUAGUUUUAAAGGGUUUGGCCUCGUGCUUUUGAAACAUGACAACUGGCAAAACGACGGAGCUACCGGACUCUUGAGUGGAGUUGGCUGAGGAGUUAACGGAGCGCUAUGAGCAGUAUCGCAGGGCCAGUGUCAUAGAGAGUGAGGCCACUCAACUGCAUAGGUGGGGCUAGUGAGCCAUUGGGCAUGGCUCACUGCAAAUGUGCGUGAGGCUGAUAAAAUCGACUCGUUGAGCCUCCCAGAAAUAUUCUGUUUAAAAGCAAAAAAAUAUUUUUUUUUAAAUGAAAAGGAGGUGGCCAGAGGCUUUGACAUCAGCAUGCUUUGGUGGGCCACAUUUAUUUGGUGGGCACCCCAAUGACCCUGGGUUCAAUUCCAGUCACCAGUGCGUGCGAUGAAAGUUCCUCAGGUGCAAGUGAGUUUGCGGUCUCACCCCGGUCACGAAUGACUGCACAAAAAAUCUAUUUCAUUGAAUUCGGCUCUCCACGUAAUUUGGCUUAAUGGCAACUCUAAGAAUAAUAAAUAUUGGUCUUAAUGCCAUGCGACGAAUUUCAAUCUCAUGCAGAGUAAUUUGUAAGUGCUGCGCUCUACUGUGUGUGUGGACUCGUGGUCACUUGAAGGGAUCUCAAAGGUAGCUCUAUGAUAUCCGCUUCUGUUGGCCGUUCCCACUGUGAUAUCCCAGGUUGCACUGCUCGCCCGAGAGAUCGGAGAGAAUCAAUCGUCUCGUAACAUGACGCCUGGCAUUGAAUUCGGAUACACAAUGAGGGGAAAAUAGCAUCAACAAAACUGUUUUGGGCAUCGUAUAUUUCGACUUGGUCGCAUAGAAAAUAAACUGUCGUCGUUAAGUAACAGCGUGUUUUGUGAAUGUGCGUUGCUCGUUACAAGAUUAAUCGUUGAUUUGUAGGGAAACUUUUUGAGUGGUUCAAGCAAGAAGCCAUAAUUCUCAGCACAACCUUGCGAAUUAAAACCCAAAACAGUCACUGUCAUUUAAAAACUCGCUGUAAAAUUCAAGUUAACGGUAAACUGUCUGUGGUUUGAGCGUUAAAGGUUUCAUGACACUUAAGACUAAGACGGUUCAUACGACGAGUAUUUUGUGUUGAUCGUUUUUUUUCCCUGUUUACUCUUGGCAAGACUUCGCAAGGAACACGGGUGUUCUAUUUGAGGCUCCUGGCCCCACCGUUUUGAACGCCUUAAAAUGUGAGCUACGUCGACGGGUCAACGCCGACGACUGUGCGAGUUUUGUGAGAAACCUGUAACGAACGCGAAAAGAUCAAAAUAAAAUAAAAUUACCCAUCCGCACUA